AUGACUAUCAAGAUAUUCCUCCUGCUCAGCAUCACUUGCUUCGUUGGCACGGCCAACGCAGACUUUGGCCGUAUACAGUCCUCCGGAGCCAAGGGGAGGCUCCUGUGUAACGGCAAACCAGCCGAAGGAGUUAGGGUCAGACUCUGGAAUCAUAAUAGUAUAUCUAACGGUAAGUUUUUUUUUAAUGUAAACUUCAACUAGAUUCGUCUUUUACACCCAUUUUGCAGUCAAAAUCUUCGAUUAAAAAAAUAAAAAUUUAUAUUUUAGUGUAUGAUAAACAUAUGGGCCUAACCACAACCGACAGUAAUGGUUUCUUUCAAGUGUUCGGACAUUCCAGCGAGACUUUUUUUGGGUCAAUCAGUCCCAAAAUCAACAUUGACCAUGAAUGUGAGGAUAACUGGGUAAGAAAAAUAGCAAAAAAAAACAUUUAUUUUACCCCAUUUCUAGCCAUGCAACCGCAGAAUCAGGAUCUUUAUUCCCGACUCUUACGUCACCGACGGCUGGACCCCGGAGCGUUUUUACGAUGCCGGAGUACUCGAAUUGUCCGGAGAAUUCGCUGGAGAAGAGAGAGACUGCUUUAACUAG